CAAUGAAUAUUAGGUUUGAAUAAUGGUUGAAAGAUUGGCCAACACUGAGAUUAAUGCUCGGAGAAUCAGCCACGUUGAGUCUUGUUUCGGAUCGUCAGGGAAACCUCUUUUCCAUCCAUCGCGUGUGUUAGUUGGGGAAGGUGUUCUAACGAAACUAUGCAGAAAGAAACCAAAAGCACGACAGUUUUUCCUUUUUAAUGAUGUUUUGGUAUACGGGAACAUUGUAAUUAAUAAGAAAAGGUACAACAAACAGAGCGUGUUAAGUUUACGGAAUGUCAGAGUUGAAGAAAUCCCCGAUAACGAGGAAACCGCAGCAGCUGAUGGUUCUGAUACGUUAAAGAACGGAUGGUUGAUUAUUUCACCUUCAAAGUCGUUCGCCGUUUAUGCGCAAACUGCCAUGGAGAAAGAAGAAUGGCUCACACACAUGACUAGGUGUAUAGAUGAAGAGAAGAAAAAAUCAGGACCAUCUAUUAGUGUUACGGACCAGUUUGCCCCAACGUGGGUCCCUGAUUCAGAAGCAGUUGUGUGCAUGAGGUGUAAGAAGACAAGAUUCACAACAUUACAACGAAAACAUCAUUGUCGGAAAUGUGGCUUGGUGGUCUGUAACGCGUGUUCGACAAAAAAAUGUAUCAUUCAACAUCAAUCUGCUAAACCAUUACGAGUUUGUGACGUAUGUUAUCAGUCCUUACAGAAUGGUAGCAAUACGCCUGAAGUUACGGCAUCAAAUGUUCCUAAUAAUAAACUUGCAUUUGGGGAUACUUCUUACAGCUCGGACUCUGAAUCAAGCAAUGAGGCUUGACAUUAGUAUAGUACUAUGGGGGGAGAUGGAACACCUUUAGCGCAUAAUAUCCAAAUAUCCUGGUCUUGUUUUAAACAAUUAACAACAGUCUAUGGGAGUCGUGAGGAUAUGGUUUUAUAAUUUUUUGAAUUUUCUUUGUUUACCACCAAAUGAGACGAGAAAAUGAAAUGAAAAGGUGUCCCAUCUCCCCCCACCCUACUAUACUGAUUGAAAUUUUAAAUAAAAAAGUAAUUUUGAUUAUUCUACUCGUGGCACUAUCGAAUUGAUUAUUUUUAUACUUGUAUUAUUUUGUGGUAUUAACAAAACAUUUAUUAUACAGACAUGCUUUAUAUUAAUAUGCAUUGUAAUUAUUGGUUGCUUUGCGUGCUUUACAUUUGUAUAACGUGUAAUUUUGAUUUUUAAAUUGUUUGUUUCUUAAAAGUGUUUAUCUUGAGAUAAAAUUUACAAGUGCAGUUAAUAAGAAAAAAAU